CCUAUUUGUCUCAAGUUAUCUUAGGUGAAUGGGCGUGCGGAGAGUUUCUAUGUAAAGUUCACGCUGUGGCAAGAACAAUGUUGGCCAAUAUUACUAUAUCCACGCUGGCCAUCAUAGCCGUCAUAAGGUUUGUUAACAUCGAAGUCUUUGAUAGAGUUCGCAACUUAAAAGGAUACAUCAUUGCCCUGAUAGUUGUCUGGCUGCUGCAAUGCGGGGUCUCCGUCCCCAACGGAAUAUGGAACACAGUUCUGGCCACAACCAAAACUUGCAGCAUCCCGUUUGAGAAUCUGAACCGGACCAAGGAGUACACUCUGAUCGUCCGCGUCCUUUGUUUCUUCGUGCCACUGGUUGUCAUGUGGUUGAGCAAUGUCGGGGUUGUCAUCAAGAUGAGAGCUUCCUCUCUGAAAGUCCAGCCUUUUUCAGCUCACAUCAACUACGCCAUGCAACGGCAUCGACGACACCGCCGUGUCACUCUAACCUGUCUGUUCCUGGCUCUAGUCUUCACCAUCAACCUCACCCCGUUCGAGGCGUCUCUUAUUGUCAUUCAUGUGGACAGUGGUCUGACUAAACAGCUGUCCCUCAAUGUCUUGGAGUAUCUGUGGCUCCUGACGGUACUCAAUACCUGUGUGAAUCCGUUCAUCUAUGGUUUCUGUUUUAAAGACUUGAGACAAAGACUUGUUCGGAUAUUAGAAAGCAUCAUGCCUCGAGCAACAAACAAAUCCUCCACAAACAACAGAGAUCCAAUCACUGAUAAAACGCGAAGAAAUCUUCCAAGACAAGAUUCCAUUAGGAUUGACGUCAAUCAAAGAUCGCCAUCAUCGGACCACACCAUCAGAAAUCAGCUCCACGUUCACGUCAUCACGUCCACGUGACCCGAAGGUCCAAGAUACUAGUUCAUUAAAUUGGAUGAAACCAA